AUGGACAUAUUACAUAACAUGCCCAAGAGGCUGAAGUUGGUGUAAUUACCAUUGUGACCCUGUCUUACUGGUCUCACCUGUCCACAGCCUAGGUUUGGCAUUAAAAUGGGAAACGAAUGCCGGACAUCACAUGUUGUUUUUCUCGCCACGUUGGAGGAACCAUUAAAAUUGGGGGAAUGUAUCGGAAGCUGAGCUCUUACUUGCUUCCAUAACCGUCUGUCUUAGAGAGCUGGUCACCUUGUCACGGUGAAACAAUUUACUGUUGUGACAAACAGUAACACAAUAACCUAAAAAUAAGAAUACACACAAUAACCUACAAAUAAGAAUACACACAAUAACCUAAACAUAAGAAUACACACAAUAACCUACAAAUAAGAAUACACACAAUAACCUAAAAAUAAGCAUUUGUAAGAAUAAAUAAAUAACUACCCUUUUUGCCACACAGGAAAAGGCAUAUAUUUUAUGUAUGCAAUGAGUACUUUGUAAAUCUUGUUAAUGUGGAUAUAGACACUUCACUGACGUGUUUCAUUAUAGUAUUAAAAAGCACAACUUACUCAGUUCUGACUGCAGAUGAACAUGUAUGGCGGUGAUGGCGAACGUGUCUAAACAUUUGUUUCUGGCCAUAAGGCUAACGUGAUGAAGUUUCUCUUCCUCACACAUACAAAAAAGGAAUUUGUCAGAAUAUCUGUGCCGUAGGUUUUGGUUUACUAUGCAAGUUAGAUCACUGCAUUUUCAUUUUCCUACAAAUUACGUGCACAUGAUGAUGAAAUGAAAUUGCAUUUUUUUUUUUUCGUUUGUAUUUUCUUUUGGAUGUGUUCAUAAACAGCUUCGCUUUAUGUGAAAGAGAGCCUGCAGUUGUGAAGCAGCCAAUCAAAUGCAGCCAAUCAAAUGCAGUGAAAUCAGACCGACUCUGCUAGGCCCCACUCAGGUGUGUUCCCCAGACUCCAGGUGAGGCACGCCCUGCGCUGUGUCAGCCCUGCGCUGGUCCACGCCCCUCAGAGACAAUAUUGACCCGAGCCAAUCGGCCGCAAGCGACUCACUCGCCCGCCCCACGCGGCUGCCCACAGCGCCCACACGUCCCGCAGGAUCAGAGCUCCCAAAUCUCCGCUGCCCUAAAAACGUUCCGACCGGAAUACCACAGGCACCGGUCCGGAAUACCACAGGCACCGGAUAGGAAUACCACAGGCACCGGAUUGGAAUAUCACAGGCACCGGAUCGGAAUACCACAGGCACCAGUCCAGAAUACCAGAGGCCCUGAACUGGAAUACCACAGGCACCAGACUGGAAUACCAAAGGCACUGACUCACACUACCUGAGGGGAACAAUGGCUUCAAUCGGACAGGUUAUCUUCUGGGGUAUGAUCGUCCUCAUUUUCAUAGUCGGCGGAUUAAUCAUUCUCAUUCUGAGCAUUGCAUUUACACGCUCGCAGUCUCCCUUUGUGGAGAGUCGGGACGCGUCUCCUGUGGGGAACAUCGGCGCCGACGUCCAGCUGGACUGCAGCUUCCGUGUGUCCGGCACCGGGUCCAAGCCCGCCGGCUCCGUGUCCAUCACCUGGGAGAAGGCGGGGCUCAGCGGCGUGGUGUUCCGCUACCAGAACGGAGCGGCCCAGCUGCAGAAUCAGAACCCGCAGUUCCAUGACCGCGCCCAGAUUUUCCCAGGAGGCCUCGCUGCCGGCAACGCUUCGCUCCUGCUCUGGAGCGUGGGACCGCGGGACGCCGGAGAGUACCGCUGCAGCGUGAGCGCCCCCUCUGGCCAGGGCAGCACUAGCGUGCACCUCAGGGUGGCCGCGUAUUCCCCUCCGAGUUUCACCCUGAGCGGGAGGAACCUGACUGCGGAGGCGGAGAGGUGGUUCCCCGAGCCGAGCGUCGCCUGGACCGACCAGCAGGGCCACGCCCUGAACGCCAGCGAACUCCUCUCCAACAACUCCGCCGGAAUAUUCCGCGUGGUGACCACCCUGCUCGACCCGGCCCAGAGCGACGACACCUACACCUGCCUCAUCCGCAACCACCUGGUCACCUCUGUCUCCCUGGCAACCGUUACAGAGAGCGGUGUGACGAGCAGAACCCGCUUCACCUUCAACCCCGCCCCCACACUGAGACCCCUGCACCUGGCCUUCACCGCUCCUCUUCACCUGUGGACAUGCUACCUGCUCACCUGAACACGGGCUGACCUCUACCCUCUCACCUGAACACGGGCUGACCUCUACCUGCUCACCUGAACACAGAAUGACCACUACCUGCUCACCUGAAUGCAGACUGACCACUACCUGCUCACCUGAACACAGACUGACCACUACCUGCUCACCUGAACACGG